AUGUCGGACUCACAUCGUCAACAUUUAUCAACACACCAUCAUCGAUCAUCGUCUCAUCAUACAGCAUCAUCAUCUCAUCAUACGGCAUCGUCGUCAUCUCAUCGUGUGACAUCAUCAUCAUCUCAUCGUCGUGAAUCAUCUCAUCGUUGUGAAUCACCUUGUCAUUGUGAACCAUCUCAUCGACCACCAUCACAUUCACCUUCUCCAUCGUCUCGGUCUACUCGUUCAUUAUACGGUUCGAAACGUACAUCAAUGCAUGUCCACGAACAUUAUCCAUCAUUUCACAUUUCUUCAUCAAGUUAUGAACUUCGAAUUGUGAACAGAGAUACGCUGGCUGAGAUUAUUGACGAAAUGAUAAUCCAUGUGAAGCGAGUGAAACAAUAUUCGAUUAAUACGGAAUCGGAAAUGACAAAUAAUGAAUUAUCGUUAAUUCAGAUCAAUUCAAUGCCACGUGAAUCGAAAUCGAUAGCGAUGUUAAUUGAAUUGAAAAACUUACCAAGCCAACACUCAACGAAGUAUGAAAAGUCUGUGCUUUGGUUCGAUUGA